CCUGCUCGAGUACUCGACGUCGGUAGUCGGAGCGGCACAGAACAGGGGAUCCGCUUGGUAAACGGGCUUAACCGGCACGGGCCGUAUGUCACGCUGAGCCACGCCUGGGGGCGGUCGAGGGUCAUUACCACGACGGCAUCUACCAUCCAGCAGAGGCGAGAUGGCAUCUCUUUGAGCGAGCUCUCCCAGACCUUCCGGGAUGCGGUCACCGUCGCCCGGAAGCUGUUGGUGCGAUACCUGUGGAUCGACUCUCUGUGCAUCAUCCAGGACUCAGCUGAGGAUUGGCCUAUCGAGGCCGCUAAGAUGGGCCAAUACUACUCCAACUCUCUUCUCACCAUAUCGGCGGUAUCAGCACCGGGCGGAGACCACGGCAUUUUUUGCAGCCGCAACCCACACGUUCUGACUCCCUGUCCUACACACCGCCCGCCACUAUGGCAGCGAGCUUGGGUAAUGCAGGAGCGCGUCCUGCCUCCACGGCUGCUCAUGUUUUCCGACGCGCAAAUGAGCUGGCUGUGCCGAUCCGAUCACGCGUCCGAGUGCGCACUUCUUUCUUCAGCCACUGGCGACAGAAUUUCUCUCAUCUCUUUAGACAUCGGAACAGGCUCCGAGCUUGAGAAACUGCAUAACGCAUGGUACGACUUGGUUACUGACUACACCAAGUGUGGACUCACGGUCAAAUCCGACAUUUUCCCCGCAAUCUCUGGCAUCGCCUCGACACUGCAGCGCGCUAUAGCCGGAGAGCAGUUCGUCGCAGGUCUUUGGAGGAGCGACUUGGCGCGGGGUCUCCUGUGGUCGGCCGUGGACUCGACCAAGAGUAUGCCCGACUUACGGGAGUAUAGGGCCCCGUCUUGGUCUUGGGCGUCCCUUCCCGGCCCCUGCGUGUUC